ACAUUUUUUUUUCCCAAAUUCACUUGAGAACAGAUGCGCUUACCUUGUUUGGAAAGUUCAAUCCAUCUUCAUCAAGAGCUGCCGCUAUUGAAUAAUUAGCUUAUUUCAACCAGAUAAAGUCCAAUGAUUAGCUUAUUUUAGGCAGUAGUCUAAUAAAACCCAACCACCAAUCCCAUCAGUGGAGGUUUGUUUUCUCCCAAAUUAUUGAUUCAUGGCUUCAACAAUUUUUUACCUCUGCGUAACUGUCAAAUCAAAGUCCAAAUUUUAUUUUUGCAGUCAUUCACGUUUGUUCUCCUCUAAUUACAGCCCUCUUACCUCGUCCUCUGAUUCUCUCCACCGUUAUAAAUUUGGUCGGCAGCUUGAGGGAAAGCCCAGAAGAACAAUCCGUCGGACUUUGACGUCAUCGGUAGCCAUGUUUGCGGAAAAUCCGGUUGUCAGUGACGUCAUCGCCACCGUGCUGUCUGGUGGGAUUGCACUAUCGUUGCUUAGAUUGUGGGAAGAAACCGCUAAAAGAGGGCUCUUUGACCAGAAACUGAAUAGGAAGCUAGUUCACGUUUCUGUUGGAUUAGCGUUCAUGCUUUGCUGGCCAAUGUUCAGCAAUUGUCCCAGCUCUGGUCGUCAAGGAGCUAUUAUAGCAUCUCUUGUUCCUGCUGUCAAUAUAAUCAAAAUGCUUCUUUUGGGACUCGGAAUAUGGAAAGAUUAUGCAACUGUCAAGUCCAUGAGCAGAUUUGGAGAUCAUAGGGAACUUCUUAAGGGACCAUUGUACUAUGCCUCCACAAUCACUUUGGCCGGUGCAAUCUACUGGAGAACUUCUCCUAUAGCAAUUGCAGCAAUCUGUAACCUUUGUGCCGGAGAUGGUAUAGCUGAUAUCGUGGGAAGACGGUUUGGAAGCCAUAAACUUCCCUACAACAGAAACAAAUCAAUUGUUGGUAGUAUUGCUAUGGCAACUGCUGGUUUCUUGGCUUGUAUUGGAUAUAUGCACUAUUUCUCCUCAUUUGGGUAUGUUCAAGAAAGUCCCAAGAUGGUUCUGGGAUUUCUUGUCGUGUCCCUUGCCGCUUCACUGGUCGAAUCCCAUCCUUUAAGCACUGAGCUUGAUGACAACUUGACAGUUCCACUCGCCUCCGUGUUGGUUGGCAGUUUUGUUUUCUGAUGUAAGACCAUGGUAAAUCGUUAAUUAAAUGCAGAUGAAUAUUUCUAGAUCUUUAACCGAUUGAAAAGGUGGGACACCAGUGCUCCUUUCCUUGGUCAUGUGCUGUAACAAUUAUUAUAUCUGAUUCUACGCGUUUAUGUUGUAUAACUGCAGAUUGAAAAGCAGAUUUACUGAGAAAAGGCUCGUGUUUGCUUUUCUUUUUGUUGUUUUGUGAUUAUACAUUAUAGAUACAAAUGCAUUGUGUUCCUCA